AUGAACUCCUACCUGGAGUACGUGUCGUGCGGCGGCGGUGGGGUCGGUAGCGACGUGCUCACUUUCGCACCCAAGUUGUGCCGCGCCGACGCCCGACCCAUGGCCCUGCAGCCCGCUUUCCCGCUGAGCAGCGGCGACCGUGCGUUUGUCAGCUGCUUGCCCCUGGCAGCUGCCCGACCCACGCCUUCGCCCCCAGCUGCCCCAGCUCAGCCUCCUGCGCCGUCCCCUACUGCGCCCAGGUACGCGCCGUGCACUUUGGAGGGUGCUUACGAGCCUGGCACUGCACCUGCCGCUGCGACGGUCGGGGGCGCGGACUACGGCUUCCUGGGGCCCGGGCCCGCCUAUGACUUCCCAGGCGCUCUCGGGCGGACGGCCGACGAUGGCGGGGCGCACGUCCACUACGCCACCUCGGCGGUGUUCUCCCGUGGAGGCUCCCUUCUCCUCAGCGGACAGGUGGAUUAUGCGCCCUUCAGCGAGCCUGGCGCCUUCCCUGCCUGUCUCAAAGAGCCAGCCGAUGGCCACCAUAGGGCCUUCCACUCUGCGUCCCCAGCCCAGGGCGCCUAUCCCAAGUCCGUCUCUCCCACCUCUGGCCUCCCGGCCGCCUUCAGCACGUUCGAGUGGAUGAAAGUGAAGAGGAACGCCCCUAAGAAAAGCAAACUCGCAGAGUACGGAGCCGCUAGCCCCUCCAGCGCUGUCCGCACGAAUUUCAGCACUAAACAACUGACAGAACUGGAGAAAGAGUUUCAUUUCAAUAAAUACUUAACUCGAGCCCGACGCAUCGAGAUAGCCAACUGCUUGCAGCUGAAUGACACUCAAGUCAAAAUCUGGUUUCAGAACCGCAGGAUGAAACAGAAGAAAAGGGAACGAGAAGGGCUUCUGGCCACAGCCACCUCUGUGGCCUCCCUCCAACUCCCCCUCUCAAGAACCGGAACAAGCCCCACAAAGUCUGGCAGGAGCCCGGGGAGCCCUUCUCAGGCCCAAGAGCCUUCAUGA